AUGCACUCCAGCACCCCUAUCAGUUCCUUGUUCUCCUUCACCAGCCCUGCAGUGAAAAGGCUGCUGGGCUGGAAACAAGGAGAUGAAGAAGAGAAGUGGGCAGAAAAGGCUGUUGAUUCCUUGGUGAAGAAGCUAAAGAAGAAAAAAGGAGCCAUGGAAGAACUGGAGAGAGCUCUGAGCUGCCCGGGUCAGCCCAGUAAAUGCGUCACGAUCCCACGUUCCUUGGAUGGGCGUCUGCAGGUGUCUCACCGCAAGGGGCUUCCCCAUGUCAUAUACUGCAGAGUGUGGCGCUGGCCUGAUUUACAAUCUCACCAUGAGCUGAAACCACUGGAAUGUUGUGAGUUCCCUUUUGGCUCAAAACAGAAAGAAGUGUGCAUCAACCCCUAUCAUUACCGACGGGUGGAAACCCCAGUCCUGCCUCCUGUACUCGUUCCAAGACACAGUGAGUUUAACCCUCACCUCAGCCUCCUUGCCAAGUUUCGAAACACCUCUCUGCACAGCGAGCCACUGAUGCCGCACAAUGCCACUUACCCGGAUUCUUUCCAGCAUCCUCCAUGCACCCCUUUUCCAUCAUCCCCCAGCCACAUGUUCUCCCAGUCUCCUAACAGCAUCAGCUACCCCAACUCACCAGAAAGCUCUUCUGGACCAGGAAGUCCCUAUCAGGGACUCACGGUGGAAACUCCACCUCCACCCUACCAUGCAAGAGAACCUCCAGGAAUCCACAAUGGACGGUCAAUGGAUGCAAUAGCUGAAAGUCAACUAGUGCUGUCUUUGCCCAAUGGAGGUAAAUCUGCCGAUGGAGAAACUGAAAACUUUCGACCUGUUUGUUAUGAGGAACCCCAACACUGGUGCUCAGUUGCCUACUAUGAACUCAACAACCGGGUAGGAGAGACUUUCCAGGCCUCCUCUAGAAGUAUCCUUAUUGAUGGAUUUACAGAUCCUUCAAAUAACAAAAACAGGUUCUGCCUGGGUCUGCUCUCAAAUGUAAACCGCAAUUCUACUAUAGAAAACACCAGGAGACAUAUAGGAAAAGGUGUUCAUCUUUACUACGUUGGUGGGGAGGUUUAUGCCGAAUGUGUCAGUGACAGCAGUAUUUUUGUGCAAAGCCGCAACUGUAACUACCAGCAUGGUUUCCACCCUGCCACGGUCUGCAAGAUCCCCAGUGGCUGCAGCCUCAAGAUCUUCAACAACCAGCUCUUUGCCCAGCUGCUUGCCCAGUCAGUCAAUCACGGUUUCGAAGUGGUGUAUGAGCUGACCAAGAUGUGUACUAUUCGAAUGAGCUUUGUUAAAGGCUGGGGAGCAGAGUAUCAUCGCCAAGAUGUUACAAGCACACCCUGCUGGAUUGAGAUCCACCUGCAUGGACCAUUGCAAUGGCUGGAUAAGGUGCUGACACAGAUGGGCUCACCUCACAACCCCAUCUCCUCAGUCUCUUAAGAAUCAUCUCUAGAAUUCCCUUAGGAUGGAUGCUAUUGCAGGCAGUGGCUUAUAGAAUUCCCAUGAACAGAAGCUUCUAUAUGUAGAUGUACGUAGAUGUAAAUAUAUCUAUAUACAUAGUCUACUUCCUUUUUUUUUCUUUUUUUUUCUUUUUUUUUCUCUCUUUUUUUUUUCUUUUUUGGUUUUUUUUUUUCAUUUUGUGGUUUCUAGUUACUCUGAUGCCAGUACAAUAGGUUUAGAAAUUCAGGUACAGCAUAUCUGUUCGCUAGUACAAAAUAAGCCAAAUUCCUGCAAAAGUGUCAAACAUUUCAUGUGAGCAUCUUCAUUCCCCAGCCAAGCCAGC